AUGACCAGCGACUCCGAGGACGACGUCUACGAUGACAUUGAAUUCGGCAAUGCAUCCGAUGCCGACGAGGACAUCGACGAGGACAUUCUCGAUGCGCUCAAUGGAGAUCUAGCUGCCGAGGCCGCCGCUGAGGCCACGGAAGAGGAAACCGACUCUUCAUCGUCAGAUGGAGGCUCGGACGACGAUGACGACGACGCGGAAGAAGAAUAUGUGUCCCCUCAUCAAGAUCUAGAGCAAGUGCUCACUCAGUCACUUCAAGAGGUGGCGGCGCCACCACAGUCCCUUUCGCCGGUGUCCGAGACUCCAAUAGGGACUCAAGCAUCCCAACCUCCACCACAGGUUCGCCCUCCUUCCCCUGCGCAGCUACGCAAGAACAGACUCCUCUCCGACAUCUCAUGGCCCCGUUCGUUCACCGUGGAGGCCAUAUGUGCCAUACCACAUCCCUGUGCCACACAUGCUCUCGCCUCGUCGCUGUGCAUGACGCAUCUCAUCACUGGCUCCGACGACGGAUACAUCCGCGACUACGACCUGUUCACCGCUGUGAAUGGCAAGGUCUUCCUCACCGCGCCGCAGAGGCAACACUGCGGAGUUAUUGAAGGCAUUAUGAAAGCGGGCCAGAUUCGCUGCUGGUGGGAUAACGCCAUCUCGACGGUGAACGUGGACGGUUCACUAGGAGAGACGACUUUGUACCCUGUGUACAGUCUUGCGAUGCAGUCUGACGCACUAUGGUCACUUGCUGGCUCCAACCAAGGGCAUAUCGCACUUCACACAGUGCGACACAGCCCGGGUCGCUUGUGUCAUGUUAUGCAGGGACACAAGGGCCCCGUCUCUGCACUGUGUCUCCAGUAUGAUGAGAAGGGCUUUUUCAGCGCAGGAUGGGACGGUGAAGCAGUCCACUGGGACCUGAACAGCGGGCAACUCGUCCGCAGAUUCACAGCCCACGGCGCCCAGCUCGCCGCCAUAGCCGUCCGCCCCCUCUCCACCAACUUCAUCCACAGCCCCUGGAGCACCAUCACCGCCGGGAGCGAGUUCAUGGUCUCGAUGCGCGGACACGCGGGGGCCAUGCCUCCCCCACCCCCAUCCAACGGCGCGUUCGGCGGGCACCACGGGCCCAAGCAGGACGAAGACGCGCGGUCCGACACCUCCUACGACCCCCUGUUCGACGAGCCCGACGCGGACGGCGACGGCGACGGCGCCGCCAUGGCCCAGCCAUCGUACGCCCCCUUUGGCGGCAACGCCGGGCAGGGCUUCGUCCAGCCGCACAACCCGGGGCGCGGCGCGAUCGCGCCGAAGGGAGCGCCGCCCGUCCUGGACCCUGCGACGUACGCGACAUACUCCCCAGACCUACUCAUGACCGCGCACUUCGAUGGCCAGAUUUUCCUUUGGGACCGCCGCGUGCAGACACGCGGCAAGGGCGUCGGGAGACUGUGGAUGAGCGAGAAGACGCCACCGUGGUGUAUGUCGGCUUGUUGGUCUGCCGACGGCAGCCAGAUAUAUGCCGGUCGCCGUAACGGUACGGUGGAGAUCUACGACGUGCGACAGACGGGUCGUGCGGCAUCGGGCACGCCGCGGAUCCUGAAGACGCUCAGGAAUCCGCUGAGCUCUGGUGUCGUGUCAUGUGUAGUGGCAUUCCCAGAUGGCCGCCACUUGGCUUGCGCAUCAACGGACAACAUUCGUCUGUGGAACGUCGCAGAGGCCGGAGAGCCCGACAUCAAUGGCAAGAUGAAAAGUGGCGUACAGUUCAAGAUCAUCCCGGGCCACCACGGCGGCUACGUCUCUCAGAUGCUUGUCGACCCGGCGGCACGUUUCUUGGUGAGCGCUAGUAGCAACAGGGGAUGGCACGGUGAGAACACCAAGACGGUGUUUGUGCAUGAGGUGAAGCAUUUGACGUGA